AUGACGAAGUUCAAAGGGAGCGUAUCAAUAGAGAUCCGUGCAAGCAGUGAUGAUGUACGGAGAUAUCUAGACAAUCAUUUAUCGCAGCUACCAGGGUUUGUCUCCGACAAUCUUGAACUGCAGGAAGAAAUCAAGACUGAAAUUGUUAAGGCGGUUGACGGAAUGUUCCUGCUGGCACAACUUCACCUUGAUUCCUUGGUUGGGAAGACAUCGCCCAAAGCUAUCCGGACCGCUCUGAAAAUGCUACCGACAGGGUCCGAUGCAUAUGAUUAUGCCUACGAGGACGCAAUUGGACGAAUCGAAGGACAGCGUAAAGAGCAGAAAGCACUUGCCAAGCAAGUUAUAUCCUGGAUCACCUGCACAAAGAGGCCGUUGACUACUUUUGAACUUCAGCAUGCACUUGCAGUGGAAGUUGGCGUGUUUGAGAUUGACGAAGAUAACUUCUCACCAAUUGAGCUUAUGGUUUCAGUAUGUGCUGGAUUAGUCACGAUUGACAAAGGAAACGGCAUUAUCCGGUUAGUCCACUAUACAACGCAGGAAUACUUCGAGCGAACACAGAACCAUUGGUUUCCAGAUGCAGAGGCCGACAUCACAAAAAUCUGUGUUACCUACCUCUCUCAUUCGGCAUCUUUGAGAGUGGGUUCUGUCAGACGCGCGGCGAGUUUAGAGACCGGCUAG